CCAUGUCAUUAUAAUUGUUCACAUCCUUAUUAUUUACCUGGUGGUAUUGUGUUUUAGUAAAGUGUUCGUGCAGUGUUUGGAUAAGUGUUUGAGUGAUAUAAAACAUAAUAAUAACAAGUGAAAGUUGCAAACAUACCAGUGCUUUAUAAACUUCGCAAAUUUAUUUAAAGAUUUUCGGAAUGUCAGAAGAAACCAGUAUUUGUUCAAUAAGACUGAAAUAACAUAAAAAUGGAGUAUCGGAUAUCCAUUACACUUGUUUGGCUGCUAGUAUUUUCUUUUCACAGUAGCUAUGGGUGCGAAAUGGGACCUGUGGGUUCUCUCUGGCUACCUCGUACUUACUCUAUUAAUGACACAUUCUUGGGAGACAUAUUCACUGAUGAAACUAGAAGCAUCGCAAGUAUAAACAGUAUUGUCGUCACCACUAGUCUGAACGGGGGACCCUAUUUUGGAGCUUCCUUAGUGGAUUCGCAAUUCACAUUCUUCACAGUCGACUCCAACUUCGAAAAUUAUGAAGAAUAUGAAACUGAGACAAUUUUGAAUUUCAAUUUAAAUUUCAAUUGUGUCGGAGGAACAACUAGAGCUAUGACUAUUACAAUCAAUAUUCAAGACACCAACAAUAACGAUCCUGAAUUUAUACCAGAUGAUGAGUUUAAAUUCACCGUCAUUCCUCCACUGCCACCAGGUUUUCUGAUAACUAACUGUUUUGGUGAAAUUACUGUAAGAGACAUCGAUUUGACGACACAAAGAAUCGAUUUCGACAUUAUCGAUAGUUCGUUAUUCGAGAUAGAGUAUGAUGCAGAGUCGUCUACUGUGCCUAAAGAAUUCAAAGCUUCAAUAAGAACCACCGCGCUAAUACGAAAUAUCCCUGAACCAAUAGUGUUCACAAUAAGUGCAACGGAUGUAGACUUAACAGGUGACCAACCCCGAACCACGUACGCCACAGUAACAAUAAUAAGCGAUGGUGAAUUCGAGUUGCCCGAAGAGCCAGUGUUCACACAAACAUUUUAUUUGGCCACGUACACAGAGGACCAUCAAAUUACUCUACAGGAGACAAUUUCACUACAGCAAGGAUAUACCGAAGACGUACAAUUCAGUUUAGACCAAGGAAGUACCCAAAACUUCGCAAUUGAAAGAAAUGGCAGUGCUAUCUCGCUGGUUGUGGCGACUCCGCUGUCCGCUGAAGUGUUCGCCCAGCGUCAGAUCCUGCUCGUGAUAAUGGCCGAACUCGAGAAUACCAGCGGCGCCAGUGCUACCAUCGUUGUAGAAUUGCCAGAAGAGGAAGAAUUAAAAUUUGAGCAGUCUACAUACGAAGGAGCUAUAGUUGACAACGUUUUAGACGUUCCCCAACUAGUUUUGUCUCAAGGCUAUGGAAACGAUCCCGUGUCUGUGGAAAUAUUAAGUGAUCACGCGGGAUUCUUCGCUUCCACACUUCAACAGAACACGAUCACUUUGACCAUGUCUCCGCUCGAUGAGGAUAUCAUCGAAGAAAACAGCUUCCUAAACUUACAAGUACUGGCGUCAACCAACCGCACCUCGGCAUCUACUGUAGUGACUCUAGAGAUCGUGAAGAACGAUACUGUAACCCCUGUGUUUGAGCGUGCGGUGUACGAAGGCGAAUACGACUCGAUGGACGGACUGACACUAGAACCUAUCAUCUUAGUACAGGGCUACGACGCUACUGUAGAGGUCACCUUGCAAGGAGAACACGCUAGUUAUUUUCAACUGGUACAAGAGGGUCCGUCAAUAAGUUUGACCGUAUCCAGCCUCCCAUCGGAUCUGUUUCGAGAGCAAAACUUACUUCUGUAUCUAUCGGCCACCAAGCCUCGUACGGUCGGGGCCACCACUGCAAUCUCUAUAAUGCUACCUCCAGAACCCCAGCUGCAAUUUGAACAACAAUACUACAGAGGUGUGAUUGAGGACAACGUUUUGCGACUUCCUUCGCUCAUACUGACUGACGGCUACGAUAACGAAGAUGUUUCUGUCACUAUUUUAAGUAGCAACGGAAUAAACGAGUACUUUACCGCUACCAUCCAAGAAAAUAGUAUAACGGUAACGAUGUCACCAUUAGACGAGGAAAUUAUAGAACAAAAUACGUUUUUGAAUUUGGAAAUCGUUGCCGCCACGAACCGUAGCUCAGCGUCGACUAUAGUUACGCUGGAGAUAAUAAAAGAAGACACUGUGACGCCUGUUUUCCAACGCGCUAUCUAUGCGGGUGCUUAUGAAGCGCUCGAUGGGUUAACGCUCGACGAAAUAGAGCUCGUGCAGGGAUACGAUGAAUCAGUGCUGUUUUCUUUGCAAGGAGAACAUUCCGGGUACUUCGAAAUAGUUCGAGUCGGUCCUCGCAUAAAUCUCACCGUAUCGAGCCUUCCUACAGAGCUGUUCAGGGAGCAGAACCUAUUACUCUCUAUAGAAGCCACCAAGCCACGGACGGUGGGCGCCAGCGCUGCCAUUUCUAUAGCUUUGCCUGCAGAAAUCCAGCUAGAAUUUGAAGACCCCAGCUACACUGGUGUUAUAAAAGACAACAUCUUACAGCUCUCCGAACUUAAACUAAGCCAGGGCUACGAUACCGAGCCUGUUUCAGUUAACAUUGACAGUGACUAUGCGUCGUAUUUUACCACUGUGAUCGAUCAGAACAUAAUAACGCUCUCAAUGUCACCAUUGGAGAGCAACAUAAUAGAAGAGAACACUUUUAUGAACUUGCAAGUGAUAGCGUCAACAAACCGCAGCUCGGCCAUGACGAUAGUAACCCUGGAGAUAGUAAAGAAUGACACUCUGACGCCGGUUUUUGAAAGGCCCUUAUACGAGGGCGUUUACGAUUUAAGUGAAGGACUGGUGCUUGAGGAAAUCGUUUUGGUGCAGGGCUAUGACGACACAGUGGAGGUUUUCUUGCGCGGAGAACACGCUAGUUUCUUCCAGUUAGUCCAGGCAGGUCCGAGCAUAAACUUGACCACCUCAGGUCUGCCGGAUAACUUGCUCAGUGAAAAUAACCUAUUGCUCUACAUUGAGGUGACCAAGCCGCGGACUGUAGGAGCCAACACUGCAGUAUCCAUUUCUAUGCCAGAAGCCAGGGACAUAAGAUUUGCAUACGAGUUCUAUUAUGGGACACUCCGUAGAGAAGAGGUGUGGAUUCAAACCAUCCAAUUGAGCGUUGGCUACGAAGAGAGUGUGACCUUUUCGCUAAGUGGAGAAUAUGCAUCGUAUUUCAAUGUGUCGAGCGUGCAAAAUCAAAUAAUGGUGUAUUUACGAGAGCCGAUCCCAGACAGUUCCAUCGAAGAAAACAAUUUCCUGCUUCUAACGCUUUCUGCGUCCGCUCUAAACGCUGUAACUGCUACUACCACUAUAGGUAUUGACGUCGUUAAAGAAGAUCUAACAACGCCUGUGUUCAGUCAAAACAUUUACUAUGGCAUUUAUGCUGGACCAUCCAAUAUAAAUUUUGAUACGAUCAGCUUAGUCCAAGGCUUCGACGAUUCGGUUACAUUACACCUAGUCGGAGAGCAUUCCAAAUAUUUCAAUAUAAUUCUUUUCGAGAACGGCACCGUGACGUUGGAACUACACGACGCCAUACCAGAGGAAGUUAUUUUCGAUGAAAAAGUGCUAUUGUUCAGUAUUUUAGCCGAGAAAGAAUUUACGGUUGGCGCCAACGCGGUUGUUUCUAUAAGUUUCCCGAGCGAGCUAACUGAGCCAACAGUUUUGAGGUUUGCUAAAAAUAUUUACACUGGAUCGCUACAGCAAAACGAUAUGAGCUUAGAGGAUAUUGUUCUUGAAACGGGCUAUGCAACAGGCACUCAAUUCGAGCUCACUGGAGAAUUCUCUGAAUAUUUCACUAUGGCGAGCGAAGGCAACAUUUUAAGACUUUCACCGACAAAUUCUCUUCCGGUCGAGGUUUUCAGUCGUAAAUUCAUAUCUUUGGAAGUGGAAGCUCGUAGAACAAGAGCUUUUACCGUCUUUACUGCUGUUAUAAUUGAAGUGGAGCAACCAGAAGCAGUUGUGCCACCCGUGUUCGCUGAAGCUUAUUACAGAGGAGUUUAUACACAAGAAACUGGCUUGGAAUUUGAAGACAGCAUACAACUGGCCCAAGGAUUUGACAACACUGUAACAUUUACAUUGGAAGGAGAAUCUUCACAAUGGUUCGCAAUUGUACAAGUUAACAACACUCUCGAUAUUGCUAUCAAUAACAACAUUCCGGCAGAAGUUGUAGAGGCCAAUCAUAAUCUGCUGUUUAGUAUUGUGGCUCGAAAAGAAGGCGCCACUGAUGGCCGCGCAGCUAUAUCAAUCGACCUGCCUAAAGAAGUAGAGACGCCAACAGUGAUCAGAUUUAGCCAGAAUAACUAUGUGGGUCAGAUUCAGAACGGUUCAUUAGAGUUACCACCUGUGACCCUUGUUGAGGGCUAUGAUAUAGCCACCCAACUCAACUUAUCAGGAGAAUCUUCACAAUGGUUCGCAAUUGUACAAGAUAACAACACUCUCGAUAUUGCUAUCAAUAACAACAUUCCGGCAGAAGUUGUAGAGGCCAAUCAUAAUCUGCUGUUUAGUAUUGUGGCUCGCAAAGAAGGUGCCACUGAUGGCCGCGCAGCUAUAUCAAUCGACUUGCCUAAAGAAGAAGAGACGCCAAUUACAGUGAUCAGAUUUAGCCAGAAUAACUAUGUGGGUCAGAUUCAGAACGGUUCAUUAGAGUUACCACCUGUGACCCUUGUUGGGGGCUAUGAUAUAGCCCCUCAACUUAACUUAUCAGGAGAAUACGCCCCGUACUUUACACUAACCCGAGACUUCAACACCGUAACUGUUGAGCUGGCUGUCGACUUACCAACGCAAAACAUCGCCGAAAGUGCCUUUAUAGUGCUUACCAUAGAAGCGUCGUAUCCAGAGGCGAUCAGUGGCCACACAACGAUCGUACUUGAGCUUGUCAAAGAGAUAUCUACAGAAAUAGUCACUCCAGUGUUUGAGCAAGCUUACUAUGUUGGCCAAUACUCGGAAGAACAGGGAUUACUAUUCGAGGAUACGAUUCAGCUCAUUCAGGGCUUUGACGAAUAUGUUUCGUUCAACCUGGACGGCGAUAGUGCGCAAUGGUUCACAUUAGUGCCGGGCUCUGAUAACACCUACAGCCUAGCACUCUCCAGUCCCAUUCCGGCAGCUGUCGUCGCCAACAAUCAGAAACUCAUCUUCGUCGUCACGGCUCAGAGGUCUGGUGGAGUCGCCGCCCGAGCCACUAUUGUUAUAGCAUUGACUGACGAAAUCACCACCGAUCAGGUUCUUGGUUUCGACCGGAUAAGCUACGUUGGCUCCAUCGCAAACAACUCAAUCAGCUUGAGCCCCAUAGUACUGAGCGAAGGAUUCACGAACGAAGUAGCAUUCACGCUGCACGGAGGUGAGUGCUUUUCAGAUAGUGCGCAAUGGUUCACAUUAGUGCCGGGCUCUGAUAACACCUACAGCCUAGCACUCUCCAGUCCCAUUCCGGCAGCUGUCGUCGCCAACAAUCAGAAACUCAUCUUCGUUGUCACGGCUCAGAGGUCUGGUGGAGUCGCCUCCCGAGCCACUAUUGUUAUAGCAUUGACUGACGAAAUCACCACCGAUCAGGUUCUUGGUUUCGACCAGAUAAGCUACGUUGGCUCCAUCGCAAACAACUCAAUCAGCUUGAGCCCCAUAGUACUGAGCGAAGGAUUCACGAACGAAGUAGCAUUCACGCUGCACGGAGGUGAGUGCUGGCAUAUGCCC